AUGGCCCAGAAUCACUACCAGUGGGGAAGCGAAAGAACCUCCAUAUUGAAACCUCCAGUGAAAGGCGGUAUGUACGAAAUAAGCAGUCUAGACCAUGUCAAUGCUAAGGUAGAUGCUCUUACUCAAAAGAUUGAAAAUCUUACCAUAACACUCGUAGCCACCGUAGCUGUUGUAGCACCAAACUGCGAGAUAUGCAGAGUUCAUGGGCAUACUGCCCUUGAAUGUCAACUUUUGAUAGGAAUCUCCACAGACCAAGUGAAUUCUGCUCAAAGAAACCCUUACUCAAACACCUAUAACCCAGGUUGGAAGAACCAUCCGAACUUUUUGUACGAAAACAGUAACACAUUGUAUGCACCUAACCAAGCACUUGCUGUACCACUAGGAUAUCAUAAAGCUACCACAAAUGCUCCAAAUGCUCAUAGGAAGUCAAAUCUUGAAUAA